UUUAUAUAGCUUCACUUUCACUUCCACACAACAAAUUUCAAGCCUCCAUAUAUACACAUAUCAACGAUCAUAUACUUCUUACGGGGCUUAAUUUACCUAAUUCAUACAUAUCAUUUCUUGGGUUCUCUUCUCUACUUCAAAUAACUCAGAGAGCAUACUAUAGUUAGAAUACUAUGGCAGGAGCAAGCGGAGGAAGAUCUCUCGAGCAAACGCCGACAUGGGCAGUCGCCGUUGUCUGUUUCGUUUUGGUUUUCAUUUCAAUUGUUAUAGAACACAUAAUCCAUCUUAUAGGAGAGUGGUUGAAGAAGAAGCAUAAGCGAGCUCUUUUUGAAUCGCUAGAAAAGGUCAAAUCAGAGCUUAUGCUGUUGGGAUUCAUAUCGUUGCUCCUAACGGUAGGACAAACUCUAAUCUCAAAUAUUUGCAUAUCCGAGAAAGUUGCGGCCACUUGGCAUCCAUGUAGCAAGGACCAAGAAAAGGAUUUAUAUAAGAACGAAACAGAUCAUGAAUCAGAUCACGAAAGCAAUGGUCGGAGAUUACUUGCGGCGCUGGAGUCCGGCGGAAGUUUCCGCCGAGUUUUGGCGUCGGCGGGGACCGAUAAAUGUGCUGAAAAGGGACAAGUCCCGUUUGUGUCUUCGGAUGGUAUUCAUCAGCUUCAUAUUUUCAUAUUCGUUCUGGCGAUUUUUCACGUCCUCUACUGCAUCAUCACUAUGGCUCUGGGAAGAGCAAAGAUGAGAAGAUGGAAGAAGUGGGAAAAGGAAACAAGGACUGUGGAAUACCAAUUCUCACAUGAUCCCGAACGAUUUAGGUUUGCGAGAGACACAUCCUUUGGAAGGAGGCAUUUAAGUUUCUGGACCAAAACGCCUUUUCUCAUGUGGAUAGUUUGUUUCUUCAGACAGUUUGUUAGGUCGGUUCCAAAAGUCGACUAUUUGACUUUAAGGCAUGGAUUCAUAAUGGCACAUUUGGCCCCUCAAAGCCAUCAAAGAUUCGACUUUCAGAAGUACAUUAAUAGAUCGCUAGAAGAGGAUUUCAAAGUGGUCGUCGGAAUUAGUCCCCCAAUAUGGUUCUUCGCGGUGGUGUUUCUGCUCUUCAAUACUCACGGCUGGUAUUCUUAUCUGUGGCUGCCAUUUAUUCCAUUGAUUGUCAUUCUAUUGGUGGGAACGAAGCUCCAGGUGAUUAUAACCAAAAUGGGGCUCAGAAUUCAAGAAAGAGGAGAGGUGGUCAAAGGAGUACCUGUGGUUCAACCUGGUGAUCACCUUUUCUGGUUCAACCGACCUCGACUUAUUCUUUACCUUAUCAACUUCGUUCUCUUUCAGAAUGCCUUUCAGCUCGCUUUCUUUGCAUGGACUUGGUAUGAAUUCGGGAUCAGAUCUUGUUUCCAUGAGCAUACGGAGGAUUUGGUCAUCAGAAUCACAAUGGGGGUCCUCAUUCAGUUUCUUUGCAGCUAUGUCACUCUCCCUCUCUAUGCCCUUGUCACACAGAUGGGUUCAACAAUGAAACCAACGAUAUUCAAUGAGAGAGUAGCCGCGGCCCUCCGUAACUGGCACCACACGGCCAAGAAGCACGUCAAGCAGAGCCGGACCGGUUCGGUCACGCCACUGUCGAGCCGGUCCGCCACUCCCUCCCAUCACACAUCCCCGAUCCACCUCCUCCGCAACUACCGGAGCGAGAUGGACAGCCUCCAAAACUCACCCCGGAGGACAUAUUUGGACGCCGAGCGGUGGGACACCGACUCGCCAUCGCCGUCGCAUCCCCAGCAGCACAUCCCCGGCGAUGGCUCGUCCUCUCACCACCACCACAUCGAGAUGGGCCAAAUAGACCAGCACGACCGGUUGUCCGACGGGCCCGGUCCGGCUCAGCCGCCCACGGAUUCACAACAGCACCAGAUAAACGUCUCCCACAGAGAUUUUUCAUUUGAACGGCCCAGCGUAUGAAAAUACAUACAUAUAUACGUACAUUCUAGCGUUCAUCGUCGCUAUCGAAUGCUGAUCGAUGAAAGAGGACGAUGCCGCGGGAGGCUUGUUCUAUAGUAUUUGUACGUCUAGUUUUUUAAUUUUUUUCAUAUGGUUUAUAAUUAAUUUUUUAAAAGUACUUUUUUUUUCA